AUGGCGGCAGACCGCACUGGCACUGCAUCCGAAAGACUAAAGCAGAUACAGGGCAUUUUGCAGCAGGGCCACGAGAAGAAGGCAGAGGACAGGAUGUGGCCAGCACUCCCAUCUCGAGCUGGGUAUCUAGCACUGAAGAAUGGCCGACGGCGAAACGCACUCUCUCUUGCAGUACUGCGAGACCUUAGAGAUCAACUACACAGACACAAUACGUCACCUGUUGAUGGAAAAGUCCGAAUAUUACCACCAUUUAAGCCCGAAAUCCUCACCGACUUGGAGCAGGCGAUUAAGGAAGGCAAAUCGGAGGCAAAGGAUAGCUAUGGCUGGUUACUUGAUUCCAAGGCAUGGCAAGAGCACCGGCAAGGACUUCCCAGCGUGAUUGUAUUGCGCAGUGAAGGCCCGGUGUUUUCAUCUGGGCACGAUUUGGGAGAACUCAGAACGUUGAGCCAUGACAAGGUCAAAGAGACGUUUGCGUUGUGUGCAGAAGUCAUGUCAUUGAUUCGCCGGUCGCCAGCGCCAGUCGUCGGCGUCAUACAAGGGCUGGCUACUGCAGCAGGGGCACAACUCGCAUUGACUACCGACCUACCCAUCGCUUCUGCAUCCACGCAGUUCCGUCUACCGGGGGCGACAAUGGGACUCCCGUGUACAUCGCCAUCAACAGCCGUAUCUCGCAAACUCGGGUCAGCCUUCACAUACCGCAUGCUCGCACUGGCAGAGUCACAUCGAGCAGACCAGCUCCCUACUGGUGCCGUUGAGGUCGUGCAGAACGAAGAAGAGCUAGAGAAGCGUGUGGCUAUGAUAGUGUCCCAGUUGGCAGACCGUACCGCUGCACAGCCUCAGGCGUUGGGUAAGUGGGCAUAUUGGACGCAGCUGGGCUUCAACGGAGCCACAGGUGCUGGUGGAAAUGGAUAUGAAGAUGCUGUAGCCUGGACCGGACGAGUCAUGGCUCUGCAUGCCCGAUCUGAAGAUGCGAGAGAAGGCAUGAAUGCGUUCUUCGAGAAGAGAGCUCCCGAGUGGAAGACAUGA